GUUAGAGAGACAGGUUGAGGCCCACCAUUGUUGUCACCGACGGGGUUUUACCCUCACUGUAGCUCUGAGACAACAUGCCACCUCUCUCUCCCUCACUUCCCUCACCUUUUUCUUCCUUCUUAUUCACUGUCCCAUACCCCAUGUAGCAACCACACACACACUUAACACCUCACUUUCACAUCAUCCCGUUAUUCCUCUUCCUUGUUAGCACUUCCUAGCUUACUAUCUAUCCUUAAUUCUUAAUGAUCUUGUGCAAUGCUUUUCAUGACAAACUGCAAGUAGUUACAGUGGCACUUUAGUUUGACAAGAUCACAUAUAUAUACACUGCUUGUGGUUCACUGUUGUUAUCACAAUCACCAGUGAAUGGGUUUAUCUUCUUUGCACGUCUGCAUGGAUUCAUCAGAUCAUUGGUUGCAGGGCACAAUUCACGAGGAGUCUGGGAUGGAUUCUUCUUCUUCACCCUCUGGGGACAUGCUUACAUGCUCAAGGCCCAUGAUAGAGAGGAGGCUAAGACCCCCACAUGACCAAGCUCUUAAGUGCCCCAGGUGUGACUCAACCCACACCAAGUUCUGCUACUACAACAACUACAGUCUUUCUCAGCCAAGGUACUUCUGCAAGACCUGCAGAAGGUACUGGACAAAAGGAGGCACUCUUCGGAACAUUCCUGUUGGUGGUGGCUGCAGAAAGAACAAAAAGGUCUCUGCCAAAAAAUCCAAUGACCACCAAUUAGUUAACAACAAUAAUAUUAGCCAAACACGGCCCCCACACCACCACCACCCCAAAGACCUUCAACUCUCCUCCUUCCCAGAUGUGCAAUUUUCUCACCUCAGCAACUUGCUUGGGACCAAUGCAAACCCUAGUUUCAUGGAGGGCAAAUAUGGAAUUGGCAUGAUUGAGAACCCUAGGCCUAUUGACUUCAUGAUGGAGAGCAAGCUGGAGGGCAUAAUUGGGAGCGGCAGUAGUUCUAGAAAUUUUGAUUUUUUUGGAAAUAAUGACAUGUCUAUGGGUAUGGCUAGUGUUGGGCUGGGAGAUAUGAACGGUGCUACUACUCAUCAAAAUGGGUUGCCACCAAAUUUAUAUCAUCAUGGUCUUUCAGCAUUUGGUGGCAUGUCUAUGUCCCUUGAUCAUGGCAACAACAGUGACAAUAAUGGUGCUAAUAGGUACUUAAUGGACUCUUGCCAGCGUUUGAUGCUGCCAUAUGAUGUCAGCAAUGAGGACCAUAAUGCCCAAAUUGAUGUGAAGCCAAACCCUAAACAGCUAUUGUCCCUUGAAUGGCAAGACCAGGGUUGCUCUGAUGCGGGAAAAGACUCAUUUGGGUAUCUCAACGGUCCAGGAUCAUGGACUGGCAUGAUGAACGGCUAUGGAUCUUCCACCACACACCCUUUGGUCUAAAGGGCAAUAUUCAAAUCUCAAGUCACAACUCAUUGAUGAUGAUGAUGAAGAUGCAUGGAUAUAUAUAUGAUCAACGGCUAAGCUCUCUCUUGGCUUGGGUAAUUUGAGUAAUGUCCAAAUCAAUGAUCAACAUCCUCACUUUCCCUACGUAUAUUUUAUAUUAUAUUAUAUUAUUAUGUAUACAUAAAGCCUUUUGAUCAUGGGAGGGUUCCUCGAAUUUUCCUGUGUAGUUUUUCUUUAUUCUAGCUAUAAAUCUCAGGGGUGGUCUUAUUCAGGUUUCUGUUGACUUAAUCUAGAGAGUGUGUGAAUGAGAAGCUUCAGAGUCCAAUUCGACUGCCCUUGGUGCGUUACCUUUUGGUUGAUAUUAUAUAUCUAUCUGUGUCUUUGUGUGCGACACGUCAUGAAAAGCUUUAGGAUUUAUGCUGUAACAUCGAGGAAGAUAUGGUAGUGCUUUUUUCUUGUUCCAGUUAAAGAAAAUGCAGUAAGUACUAUAUUAUCUUUUAUGAAAAAUCUUUUUCUCUAUGCUUGUUGAGCUGUUAAUUAAUGUUCAUGUCCUUAAUAUUAUUGCCA